GACACACCAUAAGCUCUAGAUCUAGAUCUACUUCGCUAUCCAGAUUCUGCCUAUGCAUAGCCUGGGUCGCUUCGUUUGUUUACAUUUCUGAAGGAUUUUAUCUCACCUAGUUCAUAUAACAACCAAGUCUUAUUACAACUCACUUUGUCGGGGCAAUCUCAAGUAACAAAGCUGAUACGAUGCUGACAACUAGCUGGUAUCUAUGUCUGGUCUAUCUAAGCGCGCUUUGUGUCACGGCUCAGUGCUCCCAGACUUUGGAGGAGGACGUCAGGGCACCCAGAAACAUGUCGGAAAACGAACAGAUUAACGACACGCGCUAUGCAUCAGAACUAGCCCGCUGGGAAAAAAUAGAUCCAGCAUCCAGAGACGCUGCGCUACGGACUUUGAAUGCAGCAUCGAGUCAAGUGUACUCCCUGAAGUACAACGUGACAGACAUGUGUGGCAGACAUCUGCGAGCCAUUGCCGAGGGCUUAAAGAAAGCUGAGUUGUGGGCCCUGGCGUUUCUGGACUCCAGCGGAAUUUUAGAUCGAAGUUCCGAUUUAGAUUCACUACAAGGAUUGGGCAGCUAUGACUUGUGCGAGUCUAUUGGUAGUGAAUUACUCAGUGAGUCUCUCGUGAGCAGCAGAUACAUAGAACUAAUUUUUAUAAUUUAUAACAUGCGCCUUCAAACUUUUGCUUAUAAGAUCGACUGGUAUGUAUGUCUACCCAAGGCAUGCGGGCAAAAAGAUCUAGAGAACAUAAGUAAAUCAUUUAUAGAGUACGUGGACCUGAAAGGCUAUGCUGCUACCUAUGUUACUUUCAACCAAAAACCUUCACAAGACAACAGUUUUGUUAUUGCUAUUGUGGUGAUAUCAUUACUGGUCUGUCUGUGUAUUGCUGGCACAAUCACUGAGUAUUUUACAUUACAAGAUACCGAAGAAGACGAACUCACAGCGCUAGUGACUAUGAACGAAAAAGAAUCCAAAAUAUCGUUGUUUGGUCUCAUUGAUCAUAACAGUGCAAAAGAGAGAGUCCACAACGUCUUGCUGUCCUUCUCUGUAAGAAAAAGUCUCAGCACUGUCUUGAAGACUGACUACUCAGAUGGAGACAUCAAGUGUCUCAACGGUUUGAGGGUGCUGAGCAUGAUGUGGGUCGUGUUUGGACAUACCAGCAACUUCAUACCGAAAGGAAGAAAGGAUAAGGAAGAGUAUACUUUUGAGUUCAUCUUUUACCUUUUUUGCAACGCUCCUUUCGCUGUGGACUCUUUCUUUUUACUCAGUGGCUGUCUGGUGUCGUAUAUAUUUAUCACAAAGAUAAAGGCGAUUGGUUAUCUCACAGCUAGUCACAUGAUCCAGUACUACAGUCACAGAUACUUAAGGUUGACGCCCCUGUUCGCUCUUACCAUUCUGAUACAUACAGGGCUAUCGCCUUAUCUGGGGAAUGGCCCCAUGGCCCACUACGUCGAGCAAUCAAAAUGUCAGCUUUAUUGGUGGCGCAAUUUAUUGUACAUAAGUAAUUUGUAUUCCUACAAUGACUUGUGUGUUCCCUGGACCUGGUACAUGCCGAAUGAUAUGCAGUUCUACGCCAUAGCUCCACUGUUCACAAUACCAAUAGUCUAUGGGUUCGUGAGAUUAGGUUUAUUGACUGCAGGUUUAAUGGUGGCUUGCCACUUUGUAUCGACUAUUUAUACCAUCUAUCAUGGUGACUUUUUGACCAGAGAGGACGCAAGAGAAAACUACCUGACGCACAUCUACAUCAAGCCUUGGACUCGAAUUGGACCCUACGCCAUUGGCCUUGUGUUAGGCUUUCUCAUGACUGUCUUGAACUCUGACUUUAAAAUGUCUAAAAAAGCGCUAUUCACCGGCUGGCUAGUCACGUCUGCUUUCGUCGUCCCAAUGUUCUUCUUCCAGGACGGCGGUCACACCAGACAUUUAACUAUCAUAACCGAUUUAAAUCAGAGUGGCGUCAGACUACUAGAAAUUGUAAAAAGUCCACUUUGGGGACUCUUUGUAGCGUGGCUGGUCUUCUCUUGUCACUAUGGUUACGGAGGCGUGGUCAACACGUUUCUGUCUUGGAAUGCCUGGAUUCCACUGUCCAGACUGACCUACGGUGCUUACCUGUUCCACUUAAUGAUCACGUUGUACUUGAAUCAAUCUCAAGCGUAUGAAGUUUAUUUCACUAAACUCUAUGCGGUAUUUCGAACCACCACGGUGAUAGUUAUGGCCUACUUUGUGUCGUUAGUGGUCUCAGUCCUAAGUGAAAUGCCAAUCAGGAACCUGAUAACACCGCAGUCAUCCAAAGAUUCAAGACUAAAGAAAAUGUAUAAAAGAGCAUAAAAGUGCCUUGCUGACGUCUGCUAAAUGCUAAUUCUGAUAUAUAUAUAUAUAUGGUGUAAUAUGUAGGGUUAUGUGAACAUAAAUAGUUGUACUUCUUGUCUUCUCCACACCCACUCUCGGAUCAAGUUGAAAUUUUAGACAUAUUUAUGUGCCUAACAAAACACGAAUCAGCUACAAAUCUACGCAUUUUUCAAUUAAGUAGUCAGUUCUCUCCCAUUAGAUAAUUUUAUACAUAUACUAGCCGGACAUUACCAGCGACCUGCGGGCCAUAGUUUGUGUAUAACUAAUCUAGUGGAUUGGAUUUAGAUGUAUGUUAAACUUAGCUAAUGAUCCUUUCAAGUUUUAUUUUUCUUUCGCCACGAAAAUAAAAGUAGUUUUGCGAAAAUGGGUUUACCCGUUAAGCCGAUACAUCCAUAUCUAUUAAAAUGAAAAGAAGUGCGAGAUGAAUGGGAUAUAAAGUGCAAUUAAAACGGGUUUAGCCGAUUUCUGAAAUGAAUGGGAUAAUAAAGUACGCCAGGGCGUAGAGAUUCGCAGACAUAAGGAACGAAUUUAUGUAAAAAUGCUUUUGACACACAAAUUUGAAGGUUUAUUUUAUUAAAUAAUUAAUUCAAUAGUCUAUAUUAUGUCUUGUCGUGUGUCAAAGUAAUGAACUAUCUGUGCAAAGUGUAGUUCUUAAAAUUAGAUCUAGGUCUAGAUCCUUUCAAUCUUGUCUCAUGUAAACAUGGCCUAGAUCAAUGUAAUAGUAAUACUUUCAUAGAGUUUGGCAACUUUUUUUUUUUUGAGAGUCUUAAGUUUUGUUUUAGGGAUACUAUACAUACGGACACUAGAGUGCUUAGUGUGUUGGUUUUAAAAUGUUUUGUUGUUUGUAAGUUUUUUGACAUGUUUCGGAUGUUUCUUCAGAGUUGAAGAUAAUUACUUCCUAGUCCAAACCUCCCGCAGGACGACGGCGGAUGGAAGCGGGCAGGGUUUGAACCCUGGACCAUCGAUAAAUCUGAACGACAGUCCAGCGCGCAAACCGCACGACCAGGCAGCCAUCGCAACUGUGUAGGAUUGGGUCAAGGGACACUAGAGUGCUUAGUGCGUUUACAACUGUGUAGGAAUGGGUCACUAGAGUGCUGAGAAUGUGUUUCACUUAUGACGUAGGAAUGGGUCAAUAGACAGAAGACUUCUGGGACAGAGACUGAAUGUCAGAAUCGAAUGUAAAUUAAGUGAGCUAAUGCUCAUUUAUUCAUUUUUUGUCUUACAGUGUACUACUUUUGUUUAUGUUUAAUAUUUCUAUUUAUAAUCAUAAAAACAUUAGUAUCAAACCAAUCCAUGUCAAGUUACCGCUGAUUUGAAUGAGAAAGUGAAAUCCCGGUCCGUGUAGUGUCCAUGAUAUGUCUUAGCUUUGUAAAAUCAAAAAUGUCUUUUGUACGUUCGUUUCAGAUUAGAAGAUUAUUACGUUUUUUUUUAUUGAUAGUCAAUCGAGUGUGAAUAGUUGCAUUGGCCUAAGCCGAGCACUGACGGCUCUUCCCAACAUUACUCUUGAGCCGUACGUCUAAAGCAUUGGUUCCCAAACUUUAUCCCUAAACGGAGCACUUUGCACUUUCUGAGUAUUUAGCGGAACACUCUGCUUAUUUUGUUUUAGAGAGAUUAGCUCAGCAGUGGCCUACUAGUUAAUUAUUCCAUUAGUUCGUGGAACACCUAUUAGGCCUGGCGGAAGACUACGGUUCCACGGAACACCUAUUAGGCCUGGCGGAAGACUACGGUUCCACGGAACACCUAUUAGGCCUGGCGGAAGACUACAUUUUAGGAAACACAAGCUGUGGGAUAAUGUAAACAUGUUUACUAACUAAUUAGUACUAAGUAUCUACUUACUUACCACGGCGGGUGAGCAGUAAAGAACUUGGCUUCCUAAAUGACGGGUCCCUGGUUUGAGCCCCUAGCGAAAACUGGGAUUUUUACUUUCGGGAUCUUAAGGUCGCCUCUGAGCUCGAAAGGGUGACUGACAGUAGUUGGGGAAAAAGUCAAGGCGGUUGGUCGUUGUGCUGGCCACAUGACACCCUCGUUAACCUUGUGCUACAAAAAGAUGGCCAUCAUGUGCUCCAUAAUAUGCUCCAUAUAUCACACUGAAAGGGGAAAUUUUUUUUUACACCUGUAACAAGAUGGAAAGGCAGGCAUUGAAGUGGAACCCCCAAGGCAAAAAAAAAAAAGGGAAGGGGGGAUAAAAAAAAUCGCCUGGACAGGCGGACUAGAAGCAGACACAUUAAAUUUCGGUCUCACCUGUGACAAGAUGGGAAAGAUGGCCCAAGACAAGUGACGAUGAAGCUCAAUGUUUACAGUCUAGCGCUGGCGAGGGAGUUACGCAACAUGUCCAUCUGUCUUAUAUGGCCUGCGUGCUCAUGUUUAUGUUUUAUUGAUGUAUUGUAUGUAGUGAGUAUGUAAACCAUUUUUUGUUUUGUUUCUAGAAGAAAAAUAAGAUUACAUCUUCUAAAAUAUGGC